AUGUGGUCGAUUUCGCUGGAGACGUGGAAAGCGUUUAACGCUUCGUGCACGGCGCUACGGGCGUUCAACUGGAGUGUCGUCCCGUUCGGUGACCCAUUUUUCCGUAUAUUUGGAGAGUAUGUGAAGCCGCAGCUGACAUCGCUGUCGCUUUCGGCGAAUAUGAAGUGGUGGUACGAGAGCUACCUCCGCCACUUCACCGCAUCGGUCGUGAGAGUCGAUCGAUAUGACAGACACCCGGGAUACGGCAAUUCGGCUACAAGCCCUGGCGACGCGCUGCGAGCAUGCCCUGCCCUGACAAAGCUCUACAUUGAGAUUGAUCAUUGCGCCAACGAGGAAGGAGAGGAGCGAUACGUGGACCCCUUUGUGUACAGAGAUGAAUUCUGGGAAGCCGCGGCUUGA